AUGUCUCUUCUUGAGCGCACGCAGAAAUCGUCCCUCCACAAGCGGCUGCACGCGGCCCUGCAGAAGUAUCCCAUUGUACGCAUCGCACCAAACUGGCUGGCCUUUGGCCGUUCCCAGGCGGCAAGGGAUAUCUAUGGCUAUAACUCCAAGUGCGUCAAGGCCGCCACGUACGAUCUUCUCUCGCAGGGAGGGGCCAACCUGAACAAUAUCAGCGACAAGAGAUUCCACUCGUCACGGCGCCGCAUGGUGGCACCGAAGAAUAUUCAGGAAUGGGAACCGAAGGUUGCCGUGUCGGUUGCAGACUUGAUGAAUCAAAUAGAUGCACGAUGCGCGGAAGACCAGGGAGUUGUUGUUGAACCCUCCUCUUUCGACGCCGUCCACUGGAUCUUUCUAUUUUCCGUGGAGACUGUGAUUAAGAUCAUGCUUAGCAAGGAUGUUUUUUUCCUGCGCAACGGGACUGAUCAUGUUUACUUUCAAGAUGAGAAUGGCCUGCCGCAAGCGGUGCAGUCCAUUCAUAACAGUCAUGCCUCGCAGCGGGCUGCUGCUACUGUCAUUUGGGACAUUCAAAGGUUUGCUUUAUGGAUUCGACUGACCAAGAUGGUCUCAAAACGCUAUGCGGAUAAUUGGGCUGCCGGUCCAAAGUUCCAUGCGGCCAUGGAGGCACUCACCAAAGAGCGAAUCGAGCAAUAUUCCAAUGGAGAAAGGUUCAGUGACUUGUUCCAACCCAUGCUGGAGGAUAAGCAUGGCGAAGCAUCGGAAAUCACGUUGAAGGAUCGCAUUGCAGAAGUUGAGCAAGCUGUUGGUGCUGGGACCGACGGCCCGGCUGUCUCAAUCUCUAUGACUCUUUAUUACUUGAUCCGUAACCCGCACACUUUCGCCGCACUUCGAAAAGAGCUAGAUACUGUGUUAUCGACGGAAGAUUCCGUCGCACCCUGGGGGAAGGUGAAGUCCCUACCUUUUCUGCGAGCUUGCAUUGACGAGGCAAUGCGCCUGGCGCCUCCUGUCGCAACAGAGCUGAUCCGGCGCACGCCACCCGAUCGCCAUGUCAUAAUUGAUGGCCACCUUAUUCCUCCCGACACCAACGUCUCAAUCGCUGCCUACACAUCUCAUCGUGAUCCGCAGGUCUUCCCAGACCCGGAGACCUACAAUCCAGAUCGAUGGAUGGCUAAGGGCUCGGACAAUUUACGCAAUAUGCUGGGAAUGUUUAUCCCGUUUAGUGCCGGUACGCGGGGCUGCAUCGGCCGCAAUGUUUCCAUCCUGAUGCAAUCGGUGUGCGUGGCAACGCUUGUAUAUCAUUAUGACUUUGCACUGCCGCAUGAGAACUGGGAAAUGGAGUUCGAAGAAUGGUUCAGUCUUUGGCCACUGAGACUCCCUUUGGGUGUUCGGCGCCGAGAACCAGCCUCCUUCCCUCAAGCUUGA